AUGGCAAGCAAACUCACAUUUUCUACGCUCUUCUUGAGCUGUCUUGCUCUUGGACAAACCUGGUCCCCUCCUGAACCAAAAGGGAUCGCAGAACUCCAGUCUUCGCAUAUCAAGGGGGCAUCUAUAUCGUAUAAAAAGACUGGCAUCUGUUCUACACCCGACACAGAAACCUACAGUGGUUACGUUCGUCUCCCUCCGCGCGAAGACGACGCGUUUCCCCAUCCGGCCAACCUCUUCUUUUACUACGCCAAAUCGAACACUAAACAUGACGCGCCGUUGACAAUAUACCUAUCCGGUGGCCCAGGAGCCAGCUCCACGUCUUCCAUGACCACUGAGAUAGGGCCUUGCAGUGUCAACCCUGAUUCAAACAGCACUUCUGCCAAUCCGUGGUCAUGGACUAGAGAGUCCGACAUUCUUUUCAUCGACCAGCCUACUCAAACCGGAUUCUCGUACGACGUGCUUACCAACGCAACCCUAGACUACAGCACAACCGCAAUCACCCCAGCAGACUUUGAUAAAGAGGAAAUUCCUGCUGUGAAUCACACGUUUGCAAUCGGUGUAUUUGGGUCCCAAGAUUCCAAUGGAACUGCGAAUUCCACAGAAAAUGGCGCGAGAACAUUGUGGGAUUUUAUGCAGGUUUGGCUCAAUGAAUUCCCGGAACGCAGAAACGAUCAGAACAAGAUUCAUUUCUGGACCGAAUCGUUCGGAGGACGAUUCGGACCAGCCUACUCUGCCUACUUCGUCGAACAAAACGAGAAAAUUCGAGACGGCCAACGCAAAAUCGACCGAGUUUCGUCCCCUUCUGAAAUCAAACUCGACACACUGAGUAUUCACAACGGGUGCAGUGAUAUUGUUACUCAAGGGUCAUUUUAUCCCGAGUUUGCAUACAACAACACUUAUGGCGUACAAGUGAUUACUAAAGAACAAUACGAGGAAGUUAAAAAUAACUUCACCAAGCCUGGGGGCUGCCUAGAGUUGGCUAUGGAGUGCCGAAAACAACAGCAAAAGCAUGAUCCGUACAACUGGGGCAAUAAUGCCGAGGUAAAUGCCAUCUGCAUAGCUGCAGAUGCAUACUGUUAUGAGAAUGUUCUAGGUGCCUAUGCUCUGUCUGGACGUGACAUUCACGACAUGGCCGAGAUCCCGACUAGUACCUUCCCACAGCCUUAUACUGAUGGAUUUCUUAACAGAGCUUGGGUCCAAGAGGGUCUGGGUGCUGAGGUGAAUUUUACGGCCAACUCGAACGCUGUGUAUAAUGCAUUUGGGACUACCGGAAAUGCCCUUAUUAGCAGAGGAAAUGCCAUGGAUGAAUUCGCAUUCCUUCUCGAGCGAGGCGUCAAAGUUAAUCUCAUCCACGGAGAUCGAGACUAUCUCUGCAACUGGAUGGGCGGCGAGAACAUCACAUUGUCUAUCAAGCACAAACAAUCUGCAGCAUUCAUAUCGAGCGGAUAUGAAAACCUCAUUACGAACAGUACAUACACCGGCGGUGUUGUUCGCCAACAUGGAAAUUUAUCUUUCACAAGAGUAUUUGAGGCGGGACACGAAGCGCCGGCCUUCCAACCCGAAACAAUGUACCGGAUAUUCUCACGCAUCAUAAAUAGCAAGGAUAUCGCAACCGGGGAUAUUCCUCUGACUGGCGAAAGUGCUAUAAGCUAUCGAACUAGAGGGCCGCACUCUAGCUUUCACAUCAAAAAUAAGCUUACAGAUCUGUCACAGCCUUUAUGCUAUACUUUGGACAUGGACACGACUUGCACAGCUGAUCAAAGUGCUGCCCUACUCAACGGAACGGCGAUUAUGGAAGAUUUUAUCGUCCAAUGGCCUUAG